AUGUCACCAAUCACGUUAGACGAAGUCCGAAUGGCAGUAACCAAUGUGAAGCCCAACAAAGCACUAGGGCUAGAUAGGAUCCCCAAUCUGGUUCUACAAAGGCUGCUCCCUACUAUUGAGGCCUAUCUUGUUAAUCUUUUUAAUUCGAUAAUAGUCAUCCUUUGCAAGCCUGGAAAGCCUAAUUACUCUAAUCUAAAGGUGUACUGCCUAAUAGUGUUACUGAGCACAAUUGGCAAAGCACUAGAAUUAGUGUUAGCUAGACAUCUCAGCUAUCUAGUGGAGCAAUAUAAUCUUUUACCAAAGCAACAUGUUGGAGGACGUUGUGGCCAUUCAUGCGAAUUAGCAAUCCAUCUCUUACUAGAAGAGACCCAUAAUCUUAUUAAGCAGAUACUUGCUAAGUACCUAGACGUGAUUGUACUUGGAUAUAUUGACGACAUCUUCAUCAUGAUAUAUAGGGCCUCCACUGUAGCCAACUACUAUACACUCACUAAAGUACACCAGGUUGCAGAGUGCUGGGAGAGGACACAUGCCUCUAAGUUUGCGCCUGCCAAAUAUCAACUUACCCACUUUUAG